AUGGUUGUUUUCUUCAUCUCACACAAUGGUCAUGGUUACACCGGUGAUGCUAAUUUGGAAGAAGAUCUCGACAGCCGCGACAUCGAACGUGAUAAGCGUGGCCACAUUUGGGCAAUUCGUGAGUUUCUCCAUGGUCUGCUUACACCUAUCGAUGUUGUCCAGAAUCUGCGCCUGUCUGGCACAGUCGUCAUGGCUCUUCCGAAGGCCAGAGCUCAGUAG